GUAGGAGCCAGCACACACGGCAACAUGGCGACACAUAAUUCUGCUCCCUGGUGGGUUCGCAGGGCCCUCGAAGGACGAGAUCGUCAUGGGCAGCGUGAAGUGAAACCACAGCCUGGGGACUUGAUAGAGAUCUUCAGGCCGGGCUACCAGCACUGGGCUUUGUAUGUGGGCGACGACUUGGUGGUCCAUGUGGCUCCCCCCUCGGAGUGUGCAGGUGCGGGCCCCAGCAGCAUGAUGUCCAUCUUGGCGGACAGGGGCCUGGUGAAGAUGGAGGAGCUGUGGACGGUGGUGGGGAACGACCGCUACCAAGUCAACAACAUCCUGGAUGACGAAUACCAACCCCGCCCAGUCUAUGUCAUCUUGAGGGAAGCCAAAAGGCUGGUGGGCCACAUGGUGUCCUACAGCCUCUUCAGUGCAAACUGUGAGCACUUUGUCACCAACCUGCGCUACGGAAAACCAGAGUCCCGCCAGGUGUGCCAGGCGGUAGAAGCGACCGCGUGGACAGGUUUGGGCCUUGGUGCGGCGGCCCUUACAGCUGUAGCUCUGGUUGAAUGGACUGAAAAAAAGAAACAGGAAAGGCAAAGACAGGAGGAAUCUGCUUGCAUUGCUCUUUGUUUAGGUGUCCUUGUAUGCAUCCUUGUUUUAUGGACUCUUUAUUCAUGGAUGUUCUGAUCUCACCAAUUCACCCAAAUUCAACCAAUCCCUGCACAUUAUGGGCAGCAACCAAACUUUGCCGAAUCUCUGCAAAUUUGUUGUGCAUCACCAUGGACUGAGAGGCUACCAUGCAAGAAGGAAGCUCUUGCUCCAGAAGCCACACCUUAAGGCUCGUUUAAGAUAAGACCCAUCCAUCCAUCCAUCUUCUUCCGCCCAGACUUCCCUCUCCCCAGCCACUUCGUCCAGCUCUUCCUGUGGGACCCCAAGGCGUUCCCAGGCCAGCCGUGAGACAUAGUCUUCCCAACGUGUCCUGGGUCUUCCCCGCGGCCUCCUACCGGUCGGACGUGCCCUAAACACCUCCCUAGGGAGCACCCAACUGCGCCCAAGACCCAACCUCCGGGCUGAUGAUUUUAGCUUGUCCUGAAGAAUUUGGAGGUAAUCCUCCUUUUUCAUUGACCCAUUUAAAGCACCAGUUCUAUUGGCAGCAAAACAGGCCCAGAGCAUAAUACUACCACCACUAUGCUUGACGGUAGGAAUUGUGUUCCUUUACCACGUCAAAAGGUUGGGUCUUGGGCACAGUUGGGUGUUCCAACAGGACAAUGACCCCAAACACACCUCAAAAGUGGUAAAGGAAUGGCUAAAUCAGGCUAGAAUGAAGGUUUUAGAAUGGCGUUCUCAAAGUCCUGACUUAAACGUGUGGACAAUGCUGAAGAAACAAGUCCAUGUCAGAAAAGCAACACAUUUAGCUGAACUGCACCAAUUUUGUGGUCAAAAAUUCAAGCAGAAGCUUGUGGAUGGCUACCAAAAGCGCCUUAUUGCAGUGCAACUUGCCAAGGGACAUUUAAGCAAAUAUUAACAUUGCUGUAUGUAUACUUUAGACCCAGCACAUUUGCUCACAUUUUCAGUAGACCCUUAAUAAAUUGAUAAAAGAAGCAAA